AUCCUGUCGGUCGGUCGCUGGCUCACGUUAAACCUUUCUGGCUUAGGCCGAAUGAUUCAGCAAUCACAGCUGGAUUCGCGGGGAGUAAUUACUGCUUUGUGCGAUCUUGGGUUUUUCUCGAGUUAAGCUGGCUCUUUCCCCAUGUGGAGCCCCAUCCAUCUAAGUACUUAGCCUCGGAAGUAAAUGAUGUUUUUCUUUAUCUCUGCUCGCGAGAGGGGCGGCCAAGAACUCAGACCCCAUCCCGGGAGCUAGCAGAAGCGGCGAGAAGGGAAGAUGAAGGCGAACUGGAGACUGCCGUCGCGUGGCAAGCACGGUCAUCUGGCGGUGAAGCUGGCGGUGUCGAUUCUCUUGGUGGGUCUCGCGUUUCGGCUCCUCUACUCGAGAUCCGAGGAGCUGCCGCCCGGUGUGGGGAACCCAGUUGCCGAAAGAUCGGAGGUGGCACGGCCGGCCGAAUCAGAUGACGUCUCGCCUCAGUUCGACUCGACGGGCGCGGAGGAUGAAAAUGCUGGCGACGAUGAAUGUGAUCUUUUCUCUGGGGAUUGGAUUCCAGAUCGGUCUGGUCCGGUUUAUACCAAUCAGAGUUGCCCCUUGAUCGAGAGUCACCAAAACUGUAUGGGGAAUGGGAGGCCGGAUAAUGGGUAUAUGUACUGGAGGUGGAAACCGAGAAACUGCGAAUUGCCACAAUUCAAUGGGCGGAGGUUUCUCGAGUUAAUGAGGAACAAGGCAUGGGCGUUGAUUGGCGAUUCAAUUUCUCGUAACCAUGUGCAGUCUUUGCUAUGCAUGCUCUCAACUGUAGAACAACCAAUACACGUCUUCCAUGAUGAAGAAUACAAAUCGAGAGGGUGGCGCUUCCCCUCCUACAACUUCAACAUCUCAGUCAUCUGGACUCCGUUCCUCGUAAAAGCAGCAAUUUUCGAGGACUUCAAUGGCGUCUCCACAUCGCCUGUUGAGCUUCAUCUGGACAAACUUGAUACAAACUGGACUAGUUUGUAUCCAAACUUGGAUUACAUGAUAAUAUCAACGGGGAAGUGGUUUCUCAAGACCGCAAUAUACUAUGAGAAUGGUCGAGCCGUGGGCUGCCAUAACUGUAAGAAAGAAGACAUUUCCGAGAAGGGAUUCGAGUUUGCCUACAGGAGGACCCUGCAUAACGUGGUGAACUUCAUAGCAAAAUCUAAGCACAAAGGUCUGAUAUUUUUUCGCACAUCCACACCAGAUCAUUUUGAGAAUGGGGAGUGGCAUAAUGGUGGGACCUGUCGAAGAACGGCUCCUGUCAAAGAAGGUGAGAUCGAAUUGAAGGACCUGAACCGAAUUCUCCGUGACAUCGAACUCAGCGAGUAUGAGAAGGCAUCAGCCAUAGCUGCUAAAAAUGGCGUGAAUCUAAAGCUUCUCGACUUCACUAAACUCUUGCUGACGAGGCCCGAUGGGCAUCCGGGUCCUUACCGGGAGUUUCAACCAUUUGCGAAGGACCAGAACGCCAAAGUCCAGAACGACUGCUUGCACUGGUGCUUGCCGGGGCCUAUCGACAGUUGGAACGAUGUAAUAAUGGAAAUUGUGGCGAGCGCGAGUUGAAUCAGAGUAGCAAAACCUGAGAUUGAAUAGAUAAAAUUGGUGAGGUUGUAAACGCAUGCAACAGGGCGAUGCACGCUCCUCAGCAGGAGUUUGCAGUCCGUGUAUGUAUUGCAAUGGUUGUGAAUAUGCUUACUUCCUUCUUCAGCUCUCCCAUUUUGCUCAGGUAUUACACAGACCAUAUGGCCAGUCAAGGUAUUAAUUAGUCUGAAUGUACAAAAGAGAGCAUCUUCUCUGAAGUUAAACGGAAACGAUGUCGUAUUGGCAAAA